AUGCCCCGCUCACGACAAGCCGCUCGAUUCCCGAGCGAACUGCCCUCCGGGUCGUCAUCGUCGACAUCGCCGGAACGCGCCGCCGAUGAUGAUACGGAUUUCUUCACAGCCCAGGCGAAUGAUUCGCAAUCCUCCGUCGGCAUCUCCAAUUACCGUGAUCUCGAUGGGCAAAGCGGGCAGGACAUCAUGCUCCCGCCCAUCGGGCGCCUGCCCCCCGAGAUCCUCAUUGCCAUAUUCACCCGCCUCAGCUCCCCCGCCGACUUGUUGAAUUGCAUGCUCGUGUGCAGAGGCUGGGCGACAAAUUGUGUGGGGAUACUAUGGCACCGGCCGUCGUGCAACAACUGGGAUAAUUUGAAGAGCGUCGCGGCGACGGUGGGGAAUCCGAGCAGCCUGUUUUCCUACUCGGAGCUCAUCAAGCGGUUGAAUCUGUCUGCGCUGACGGAUGUCAGCGACGGCACGGUGGUGCCAUUCGCUCAAUGCAAUCGGAUCGAACGGUUAACGUUGACCAACUGCUCGCACCUCACGGAUACGGGCGUAUCGGGUCUGGUCGAUGGGAACCGGCAUCUGCAGGCGCUGGAUGUCUCAGAUCUUACCUCUCUCACGGAUCACACUUUACACAUCGUUUCUCAGAAUUGCCCUCGGCUCCAAGGGCUGAAUAUCACCAAUUGCGCCAAGGUGACCGAUGAGUCGCUUGUGGCUGUAUCUGAGAAUUGCCGGCAACUCAGAAGGUUAAAACUGAACGGUGUCACGCAACUCACGGACCAGACCGUCAUGUCCUUUGCCCAGAACUGUCGAGCCGUCCUCGAAGUCGAUCUACAUAAUUGCAGGCUCGUCACCAGCGAAUCCAUUACCGCUCUCAUAAACGCACUGCGAAGUCUCCGAGAACUACGACUGCAAGACUGCAAGAAUAUCGACGACUCGGCGUUUUUGUCGAUCCCCGAUUAUUUGAUGCUUGAUACCCUUCGCGUACUCGAUUUGACGUCGUGUGAUCUCAUCACGGAUGAGUCCGUGGAGCGCAUAGUCAAUGCGGCCCCCCGUCUACGGAAUUUGGUUCUUUCAAAAUGUCGGCUUAUUACGGAUCGCGCGGUUUUGUCGAUCUGCAGACUCGGCAAGAACUUACAUUAUGUGCAUCUGGGUCACUGCUCGAAUAUCACGGACUUUGCGGUAGUACAUCUUGUCAAGUCGUGCAACCGGAUCCGGUACAUUGAUCUGGCCUGCUGUAACAACCUGACAGACCGCAGCGUCCAGCAUCUGGCGACAUUGCCGAAAUUAAGAAGGAUUGGCCUAGUCAAGUGCCAAUCGAUUACCGACAGGAGUCUCUUUGCCUUGGCUCAGCCAAGGGCGUCCACUCACCCGUUGGGUGUCAGUAGCUUGGAGCGGGUACAUUUGAGUUAUUGUCUCGAGCUUACUUUGGAGGGAAUUCAAGCUCUCCUCAACCAAUGCCCUCGUCUUACCCACCUCAGUUUGACCGGAGUGCACGCUUUUCUGCGACCAGAUCUCACAGUGCACUGCCGUGCAGCACCACCAGACUUUACGCAACAACAACGACAGCUGUUCUGCGUUUUCAGCGGCGACGGCGUGGGUCGACUUCGGGAUCGCUUGAAUGAGAUCCAUCCGCCCCCAGUCGAGACUAUGUUCGAUGACGAAGAUUUUGAUGAAGAUGAAGGCCAGGUAACUGGCCUUAUGCAUGCGGCCGUAAUCAACGACGAUGAAUAUAUGGAUGUCGGAAGCCCCUCCCAUGGUUGA